AAAAUAAUAUUUUUUAUAUUUACUCCCAUUAAUAAGAGAACCUUGCGGCGUUCAGCUAGGCUCUCGCAUCAGAACCGCCAGUUGCGAAUAUAAAAUAAAUACUGUAAAUAAUUUUCUCGCAGACUUAAUUAGUAAUUUUCCAGCAUCGUAUGCUUCAAUGAAUAAACUAAAUAACAGAAGCAAUAACAGAAAAAUUAUAUGUCUCGUAUACUUUAUCGCAUGUUUUUUAUCAUCACUAUGUAUGUAAUAUAAUUCUUCUUCAUUUAAUUUCUCACUUUGUGACAACUAAGUUUGCAAUGUUUGAUUUUGUUACAUCUGUAUCAUCAAAAUACAGGAUACAAACGUCAUAGCUUAUUUACUGUAACAGAUACCAUCUGUUCGCCGAGGUCGAACAUAGAUGAAUGCAAUAUAAAAGAAAGUGUAAAUUGUGGGUUUCGCUUCCAGUUUCGAACUUGGCUUGCAUUGACCAUCGAACAUGUUGUCCUUAACUGUCUUCUUAGUGCUCGGCGUUCUUGCGCAGCAGACGUUCGCUGACGAACCCGAAGCGAUCGUCGGUGGUCAGCGCGCUGCACCAGGUGAAUUCCCGUGGCAGUGCUCCUUGGUUGUGGAUGGCGACCACGUGUGCGGCUGCUCCAUCAUUGGCCCUAACAAGAUUCUGACUGCGGCUCAUUGUGUGGAUGACGUCGUUGUACCACCCUACAGAAAUCUCCGCGUUCAUACUGGAAACAUUUACAUCAACCAAGGAAAUUCUCAUGUUGUGAAAAGCGCACGCAUACAUCCUAACUACAUCCCGACCGAACAGGCAGCCUGGGUGAACGACGUUGCUGUCAUCACUCUUCAAGGAUCAAUCCAAUACAACAACGUCCAAAGGGCUAUUCCUCUUGCUAACACUCCGCCAUCGGUUGGUACGAUAUGUACUCUGUCUGGUUGGGGAUUGACUGCUCCGAAUGGACGAGUUUCACCAUACCUUCUCAAGAUGGAUCAAUCCCUGGUUUCCACUCAAACUUGCGAAAACAGACACGGAAUGAGACUUACCGAUAGCCACUUGUGCGCGCUCAACAGACGCGGAAUCGGUGCUUGCUCGGGUGACAGCGGCGGCCCACUUGUAUGCAACGGCAAGCAAUACGGUAUUACUUCCUGGGUCGCUUAUUGCGCUCUCGGGGAACCUGAUGUUUAUACCAACGUCUACCAUCAUCUCAACUUUAUUAAUUCAUCUUAAGCAAACACAUCUUGGCACGAUAUAAAUUGACAUAAAUACGUUCGAUGUACCAUCUAAAUUCAUAUCAACGCAUCGAAGGAAUGCGCUGUCGUGUUGGAUGAUACCCGACAAUUUAUUUCCGUUGAUUGCGCUUGAAGUAAACAAAAUUGUAUUCUUAAUGUUAAUAAAUUAUCUAUAAUUAAAUC